AAGUCGCUUGUCAAGUCUCACGCCGUUAACGCUCGUCACCUCUCUCCUAGACCGCUGAGCGCUUCGCGAAGCGUUGAACUCCGUUCUAACGGAGGCGCUUGACAUGCCAACGGAAACGAUUUGGGACGCUGCAGUAAGACUCAGCAAAGAGGCUGAGAAGAAUGGUACUUCGAAGAAUAUUGAGACUACAUUCCUUGUUGUUGGCAAUAAGCAGAGUGGAAAGACAACGCUUCUGCACCGUUUUCUCGACAAGACGGACACUCCGAAGCCGUCGCUGGCUCUCGAGUAUAUGUUUGGACGACGGUCACAUGGUGCCGGCGUGCUCAAGGACAUUUGCCACAUAUGGGAGCUGGCUGGAGGUGCACUUGCCACCGACCUGCUGGAAAUCCCAAUCACCAUGGAAACACUGCGGUCACUGUCGGUCGUCAUGGUGUUGGACCUGUCCGCGCCCGAGGUCCUGUGCAUCUUGUUUGAGACGUUGCUCAAGGCGCUGCAGUCCCGUAUUGACCGAGUCCUCGACACGGCUCUGAAGAACGAUGCCGGCAUAAACGAGGCGAUUCACGAGGCCACCUCAUCUCGGCUACCAGAAGACCACCCUGACAAGAAGGCAGUAACACCAUUUCCAGUCCCGCUACUGAUCAUUGGCUCCAAGUACGACAUCUUUCAGAACUACGAGCCUGAGAAGCGGAAGGUGACCUGCCGCUACCUCCGUCACGUAGCUCACGCUAACGGGGCGUCCCUUCUGUUGACGAGCUCCAAGAACGAGUCCCUCAUCUCGAGGCUUAAGACCAACCUGACGUACCUGGCUUUUGGUUCCAGCGCUGGUCCCACCAAGGCAUCGCAUGCAGAUUAUAACAAGCCCCUGCACAUAACGUUUGGAGAGGAUUCCUUUGAGAGGAUUGAUGGUUCCUCACCGGCCAAUUCCACUCAAGUUUCAAACUGCUACGCGGUAGUGAAGAAGGCAUUUACGGAGAUCUUCCCACAAGUCGAACAAAAGAUGACAAUUCCAGAAGAUCCCAGUCGUGAUCCUAAGUUCAAGGAAAAGGACAUCGACGUCAUGAAAGCACAGAAAGAAGCAGAACUGGCUGAACUUCGCAAAAGGCGCCAAGACGAGGAACGAGCGAGGGAGCUGCCAGAUUUCGACUAGGCAGAGUCUGUGGGUGGCCAGGAAUUUCGUAACGAAACAUUGUCUACGCAUUCCUACUUUUAAGUGUAGAGCAGUUUUAAGGGACCACCCCGUCGUCAUCUCAUGCCUCGCGUUAGCGUCACGCAGGUUGCACGUUUGAUGCACACGAGCCUAACAGGCUGCACGUUUGGAACGCUAGUGCGCACUUGCCCGUAAACGCCAGCGUCGGCGAAGAGCUAAUUCAUCUGUCCGAGCCAGCGAAGCAACAGUGAAACGCCAGCAUGGGGAGUUGGACUAAGAUCUACGGAAGAGAGAAGCGGAGGCGAAACACCAGUGCCGGGAGUUAGACGCUCGGAGCAGCAAACAGUAGAAAAACAGUAAAAAGGAGACCAUACAGCAGAAAAUAGAUAAUUGCAAAACAAAUCAGAUAAUCACAAAAAAAAAGGAACACAAAAGGAUGUAAAAUAUCACAUAAUCACAUAAACACAACAGAAAACAGUGGAUAAGCAGAAAAGGAACGCAGGUGAAUCAAUGCUCUGCAGUUUGUACAGCUUUCACUUGGGAUGGAACUGGCUUUGAUUUUUUGCAUUCUGCCAGCUUCUGCACUGCAAAGCACCGCACCCAUUUAGUCUCCAUGUGGUCACCUGUACUACCAUACCACCUUGCAACACUACUCCUCUGGGUUUGUUGCAUCAAGAAGCUUGCAAACCCACAUCAGUGAUGCAGCGUUAUCUGCUGGCGUUGCACACGUUGACCGCUAUGUGUUGCCACUGAUAACUGCCACUCGUGAAAGCCUGCUAUUCGGAUAGAAGGAUCACCGUCAACAUGUUCAGAACGUUACUGGUUGCUGACCUCAGCAUGACUAAAGAAGUCACAAGCCAAGGGGCUGACAUUACAAAGAUUUCCAAGCAAUAUUGUUCACUAACAACUGCUCUGUGACAUUCGACACUUUCAUUGUCAUCAUCCUCCUAUGCACUGUCCACGGCAGGAUACAGUCUUCACCCAGUGAUCUCCAAUUUACCAUCUCACACAGGCUGGUUUCAUUUUAUGCCUCCAGCCUUCUUAAGGCGAAAGCCUCAGAUGCCUCAUCAAAUGUGAAAAGCAACCGUUGGCGGUAGCCUCGUCAACACGAGUGAUGCAAAAAAUCAUCGUCAUGUGGUCACGUCAACCUUUGACGUCAUCGUGAUGUCACGGGUCACCAAAAUUUAUGACGUCAUCAUUAUGUCAGCCUCUGAUGUCACGUACCGUGACGUCAUCACAUGACAUCAUUGCUUGCUCAAAGGUGGGCUAAUUCCAGAGCCAGUGCAGAACAACGUUGGGCGCAGAAAGCUUUCGGGUAGGGAAGGGGGGAGGGUGGUCGAUGAAUACAAAUUGACUGAGAAGGAAAUGGAGAAGAAGAUGGCUUUCACUUUCAAGUCGUCUUAGGCAUAUGUAUAAGGGACCGUGCGACUUUUAAUUUCAUCACACCACAUAACCUUCUGCCGUCCUAGGCUGCAUUUCGCCCAUCCCUUGUUAUGAACUGCUGCUCAGGUAUGUGAUGCUCUGUGGAAAUUGAAUUCAUGUAGCCAGCUGUAGGUGCCCAGAAAGUGGCAGCUUUUCUUGUUACGUCAAAGCAAUCGAGCCAAGCACAAAAUGAUAAUCGCGCGCUUUGUUUAUUUUGAUCUGCAGCUACUACUGCUAAAAAAAAAAGGUGUCAAAACACUGAGGCUGUAAUAGUGAGCUUUGUUCAUCUGGUAAUUAAAAUGGCAUAAUUAAAUCUGAGUGCUCGGUGCCAGUGAUAACAACAACACCCAAGCCGGUGACAACAUCCAUGAUGUGUCAUGGCAUGACCAUGUCCAGGCCAAUAACCAAGCCUGGAAGGGUUGAAAUUAAAUGGGAAUCACUAUAAAAUGAAGCCACUUGCAAGGAUAGUCUGAAUGCAGGGAGCCAUGCUGCAUUUUAGUUACUGCGUAUAUUUGGCCUGCAAGUUUGUUAUGGAUUGCAGAUUAUAAAGCAUUUAUUUAUUUAUUUAUUUAUCUCAAAGUACAUAAUAGGUUUGUAAUGCCAGUGCUUGAAGUCAGAUACGAAUAUACUAAUGUAUAGCUCAAAUUUAAUGCGUCCAUUUAGACGUAAACAUUUGUACACUUUACUGAUAUUUACGUUUCCCAUGGCCUUGCAUACAUUUUUUAUUUUGAAGGAUGUGAAACUGCAGUUUGAAGCUUUCGUAAUCAAUGCUCAUUGUAGAGACCUUGUUUUUUUAAUGAAUAAAACUGAAUAGGGAGUAAACCGGGAUUUCUGUGCACCACUAUAGAGCACCAAAAAAUUAAAGAUUAAAUAAUACUAUUCACUAUGAGACUAAGAGUGUAUGAGCUCUGCCUGCUGUGUAAAAGCUACCAUAAUUGCUCGCAUAAUACCAGCAUUGCCUAAU